CGCCGCUUUCUGCGCGAGGGUCGAAUCCUCGGUGCGUGUGCGCACACAAAAAGGAAGUCAGCCGAUCUGUGACUGAACGCUUGCAAGGACGAUUCCAAACAAACAGAAAUCGACUGCCAACGAGUGGCUGUGUGGUAGGGCUCGUUUUGAUAUCAGACGUCGUGUACGCGGAUAUAUUGACACUAGGUCGGAAUUCCUUUUGUUUUUUUAUUCUGUGUUUGGUAUCACCGUGCGUACCACGGGUGCAAUGAAAAACGGCAAUUAUACACAUCCACUAUGCACAUCCUUCAGCCUUUCUUCUCAAUGACGGGGCAGCAUCUGUUCGUCGAUCCAAUCAGCUCUCCAAUUUAUUUCUUUUCUUUUUAAAAAUUAGCAGACUAGCUGCAUUUAUUUAUUUUAUUUUAUCGCGCUAGCAUCGAGCGGGAGGAGGAAAUGUCUUAAUUAGCGCGAGCCUGCCUGAAGAGAUGAGUGACUACCGCGAAGAUGGGAUGGACUGUGGCAGCGACUCCUCGAGCCGGUCCUGCUCCGAGACCAGCUCCAGCAUGGCGACGCCGUCCUCUCCCAGAAUGCACCUGGCGGCCCUGGAAGACUGCGAGGACGACGAGGACUACCAGGACUACAAGAGGAAGCUGAUGGAGGACUGGGGGGGCAGGUACGGGCUCCACGACGACCGCCGUGGCGACGGCGACGGGGGCGGGGCCGGGGAGCCGGUGAACAGCCGCAGCCUGGCGGAGGAGUUCCGGGAUGUUCCGUGCCUCCCUCCCGCGGUCGGCGUGCCACCGGCCACCGCCGCCGCCGCCGUGCCGGACGAGCUGAAGCAGAACGGGAACAUCGUCGUCCUGGCGGCCCAUCACCCCUUCUCCCCCAGAGCCGGCCAGCGCGGGGCGGGGGCGGGGGCGGGGGCGGGGGCGGGGGCGAGUCCAGGCUGUGCCCCCCUCCCCCACGCGCCCCCCAUUGACUGGGCCGCCUUGGAGAAGCACCUGACCGAGCUGCCGUCGCGGGCCUGGGACGGACGCGGCCAGAACCAGAACCCGAGGAGAACCAGCUCCACCUCGUUAGUCACUCCCUUCUAGGUACCUACACUGCAGUGAAUACUGAUGAGUUCACUUGUGUCCUGUGGCUUGAUGGCGAAGCAGUCGAAUCCUACAGUGGCAAUGGCAUGGACAGCGUGCCCCGUAGAAAUUGGAUGCGGGAAGGACGAGGC